AUGACAAUAUGUCACAAUAGUAAAAUGGCGAAUGUGCGUGAUAGUGAUACUUCUCUGUGGCUUCAUAAUAAACUCGGAAUUUCUAAUGAUUCUUGGACAGGUGGCUCAAUAUGCUCACAGCUGAAUGCAGAAGUGUUGAGAAAUAUAAAAGAUUGUUUUCCAGACCUGCAAACACAGGUCAAACUGAAGUUGUUAUUAAGCUUCUUUCAUAUCCCGCGCAGAAACCUGGAAGAGUGGAAAACUGAAUUGGAACAAAUUCUAGAAGUUGCUGUUGGUGAUUCUGAAUUGUGGGUAGCCAUGCUAGCAGAUGCUUUAAAAACAUACCCAUCUAGUGGGUCCUUGAACACUGAAAUAUCCGAUGUUGAUGAAGUUCGUCCAAUAUUCACGGAUUUAGUAACAGAUUUGCGAAAACUGGUUCGAAAACAAAAUGAGCAUACAAUGCUUCCCAUGGAAUGUCAUUAUUUGAAUAAAGCAGCUCUAGUCUCUGUGGUAGGGCACAAACCUGAACCUCUAAAACACUUCACCAUUAAAAAGAAACCAAAAUCAGCUUUACUUAGAGCUGAUCUUCUACAGAAAUCUUCUGAUGCAGCAUCAAACUUGAACAAAAAAUCAUCUGCUCCUGUUAUUCCUGUCAGAUCAAGGGGUAUGCCGAGAAAGAUGACUGACACCAGUAAGUUUGCUCCUCUCAAAGGCAUUCCAAGUAGGGUGCCAACAUCAGGAUUUCGAUCUACUGUCUCCAAUAACAACACAAACAACCGGCCUCCCUUAUCACGAGCACCGGCUGGCAGAAAGGAAGGAGGGGUAAAAUUAUUGGACAUUGCUGAUCAGCCUCUGGGAUAUGUUGCUGCAAAGAAAAGAAAGAAGAUGCAAGAAAUCGAAGAUGCCAAAAAAGCUACAGAAAAUGCAGCCCUACAAAGUCCGCCACCUGCUACUGGUACACCUGAUUAUGCUGCUGGUUUAAAUUCUACCCCAGGAUAUGCUCCACCUACUCCACAACCCAUAACAACGGCAGCACCUUCCGCUUCAGUUUUGUCUUCUCCACAACCGGCAGUAAUUCAACCCCCUCCUACACCCAUUGUCGCACCACCAACUCCUGCGCCAGUUCAACAUGUCUCUCCACCUACACCGGCUCCUCCACCGACUCCGCAACCCGCCAUCACUCCUCAGUUCAUACAGACCAUGCGACCCGUACCACCACUAUUGGCUACAACCCCGUCCGGACAGAGGGCCAUCAUCACAGAACAACCUCAGCAGGUGCAGACACAGCAAAUCAUACGAACGCCGGUAUUGGUAGCUCAGAGACCUGUUCAGCAGACUCAGCAGACGGUCACACAUAUCAGAAUCCAACCCCAGCCGACGACAAAUGUAUUGCAAAGGAGGGGUUUGGCACUCACAAGAGAACAAAUGUUGGAAGCCCAGGAUAUGUUCCGAACUGCCAACAAAGUUACUCGACCAGAAAAGGCUCUCAUCCUUGGAUUCAUGGCAGGAUCAAGGGACAAUCCCUGUCCCCACCUGGGCAAUAUUGUAACAAUAAAGCUAUCAGAAGAUCAGGAGAAUGUCCUUCAACCUGACGAUACAUACCUUACUAUGUUGGUAGAGACUCAUUUCCAAAUGAACUACAACAAUGGAGAAUGGAAAAGAAUCAAAAAGUAUCGCCAUGUCGAAAAUAUGGUUGAACAAAUAACGCAGAGUGCUCCUACAGCAGCUUUAGUAUGACAAAAUGUUCAUAGGUAGUCGUGAGCAGCAGCAAAAUAGAUUUCAUCUUCCUGGCAAAACUAACAAUGCAAGUUUUUAGGGUAUUUGGGGAAUUUUCAAUAUCAAAUUGGUUGUUUAUUUUUUCAAAUGUCAAGUACAAUUCUGCUAGUGUACUUUGAAAAUUUUCAACCCCAAAAUUGGGGAAGAACAAGAAAUUUGCUAAAUUAAUCAGGAUAUUAAGAGAAAGGUAUUUUUCUCAUCAUAACUAAUUGAAAGCCUGCUUUAGAUUCUGAAUGUAGACUGAGGGGAUGUGCUUUUAAAGUAUUUAGUUUGUAAGAUAAUGAAUUCUCCAAAACAUAUAUACUGAAUUUUUUGAUGAAUUGAGAGUACUUUUAGAGAAAAUGUAUAUAUAAUAAUAUGAUAUAUUAUU